AAAAAAAUGAAUCAAUUACUACAGCGAACAACAAGAACCUUACUCUACUCAUUUGUCCACCAGAAUGUGCAAUUAACAGCUUGUGUGCGUACUAAAAAGACGGCUGCCUCCACUACACCUGCUGGUGGUGAAACAAUUGCGCAGCAACAUUACACAAAUCCUUUGUCCAAAAUUACACUCGUUCAACCCAAUCAAACUAUGAUGGUGACCACAUUUAAGGAGGCGCAAAAAUUGGCCAAACGUCGUGAGCUGCAUUUGAUCAAGCAACAGGAUUUCGAUACAAAGACUCAACGCGCUAUUUACAAGUUGGUUACUGCUGCCGAAAUGCUUUCAGAGGAUGUGGACGAAAGCGCAGUGGAUAAGAAGCACAGCGCUGAGAAGAAAUCUGAAAAAUCACUCACGCUCGGUUCGCGCAUAACCGAACAUGAUUUAGCAUCACGCUUGAAACACAUAUCCAAAUGGUUGGCGAAAAAUCAUGAAGUUUGCGUACUCAUACAAGGUAGCGCCGAUGAAAUUGGUAAAUGCGAGCGUAUACUGAAAACAAUCGAACAAAGCGUUAAGGAACCGGAAACCAUCGGCCGCAUUGUGCAGAAACGCAUCAAAGGUUCACAUAUCAAAUUUAAUAUUUUGCCAGUACCGAAGCCAACCAGCGAAACAGUGACGCAAGCAUGACAAGUAAUGCCCGUGCCUCGGAGCCAAACAUUGACCGGUGCACGGUGCUACUCAACGCAGCUACUUACGCAGCGUGCUGCGCCAACAUCGUUAGACAUUACUAAUACUAAAAGUCUUAGUUCAUCAUUUAAUGAUGAGAACAAAAAGCCAGUUAUUGUGUUCGGUAUUUUUACUGUUAUGCUACUAGUUUCCAAAUAUCUAUAUUGGUUCAAAUUGAAGAAUGGUGGAAAUGCGCGCAGAUAGAAAAUGUUGUUGUUAAAACGGCUCGGGAAAAUUCUAAUUGGGAAUUAUUAUUAAGUUUAUAUUCAAAAUUGUAAAUUGCAUUAUGUUCAAGGAAGUAAAGUGAAAAAGUUAUAAAGGCA